AUGGAGGCGCGCAAUUUGGCUCUGAUGUUUGGCCCAUCAAUAGUGAGGCCAAGCGACGAUAAUAUGGCCACCAUGGUCACGCACAUGUCGGAUCAGUGCAAAAUUAUCGAAACUUUUGUCACUUAUGUGAGUUUCAUGCAGCUUGUAUGUAUUAUCACAGAACUCAAAGAACACUUCUUGUAUGUAUGUCUGCCCAUGCAUCUGCAGUGCUCAGUUUCUAUCCAGGCGUAUCUUGAAACUGUCCAUACUUCGAUGAGGUACCUGUCUGAAAAUCUGAAGAAUGGCGAAGGCCACAAAUUUACGACUUAA